AUGCACACUGCUGCCCCUCCUGGCCUGCCCUGCAGCUACACCGAGGACGUGCUGGCCGCCUUUGCAGACGGAGUCACCUUCCACGUCAGGCCCGACCGCAGCCGCUGGCGCCCCUUCCCCUCCCUCAGCGGCGGGCAGCAGGCGCUGGCCACGCUGGCGCUGUGCUUCGCCCUGCAGGCCGCCUUCCCCUCACCCUUCUACUUCUUCGACGAGAUAGACUGCGCUCUGGACACGGUCAACGCCGCCCGGGUGGCGGAUUACAUCGCGUCGCAGCAGCAGCAGGAGGCGGGCGACGGCCAGGGCAGCGCAGCCCAGUUCCUGGUGGUGAGCCACAGGCCGCAGGUGUAUGAGCGGGCGGGGUGCCUGGUGGGGGUGUACUCGUGUGGGCGCGCCUCGCACGCCAUCACGGUGCACGUGGCGGCAGAUGAGGCGUGA